UUUGUUUCAUUCUCCAUAUCCACCUCCCCAUUCUCUCUGAUUCAGUGAUUCUCUCGAUCUCAAUCUCUUUCUCCAUUGUUUAGUUUUUAUUACUAUUUACUAGCUAGUAACAUUAGAAGUAGUAGUAGUAGUAGUAGAAGAAGAAGAUGAGCAACGGGAUGCUGGAGACGAGGACGCUGCUGGACGAGCUCCGAGAUCUGGAAAAGGGCUGGCCCUUCGAUCUCGGUCAUCCCCUCCUCAAUCGCAUCGCCCACACCUUCCUCAAGGCCGCCGGGAUCGGCGCGACUCAGGCGGUGGCGCGGGAAGCUUACUUGACCGCCGUAGAAGGUGCCGGGUUGGAGACCGGGCCGGUGCCCGAUAUCAAUAGCGCCGUCAAGAGACCACGGUUCCCUGAUCUCAGAGGGGAGAACUCAAGGAAGUCCCUUGAGGCACUGGUGAAGAACACUGGCAAGGAAUCAUUCCAAUGGGGAUUGGCUGCUGGAAUGUACUCUGGUCUUACUUAUGGUUUAAAAGAGGCUCGCGGAACUCAUGACUGGAAAAACAGUGCCGUUGCCGGGGCGAUCACCGGAGCUGCUCUGGCAUUGACCGCGGAGGAUGCAUCUCAUGAACAGAUAGUUCAGUGUGCGAUCACCGGCGCCGCUCUAUCCACCGCUGCUAAUGUUCUCGCCGGAAUGUUUUAAUGAGAAUGAAAUGGUCUUUAGUGUUUCAUUUCUGUGUUUUAUUCCAAUGUUUAAACUUCAGACAGUCUUUGCUCUUGUUUUGAGGUUUUUUUUUUGUCUGAACUUUUUUAAAGUGAAUGAGGUUGUUUUCUUAUGAGAAUUGCAAGCU